CGGGUAUUUAACUAACGUCGCCCUAAGGAUGCGCGCGCGUCUUGGCAACGGAAGUCAACUCUGUUGCUUCCGACGACGUCCUUAACCCGCAACCAAACACUAAAUCCGGACUGUUUUUAACUGCAAUGUCGGCCUGUUGCGUGUCCGGCUGUAAAAAUCGGCAUUCCUCAACCAGCAAACUCAAAUUUUACAGAAUACCGUCUGGGUAUCGGCCGUUUCAGGCCAACCGGAGGCGUUUAUGGCUACAGGCAAUACAACAAGUAAACGGCAAGACCGAUGAACUCAAAGGAAAUGUUCGUAUUUGUGGCGCCCAUUUCGUAUCAGGGGAGGCGUCCAUGGACCACGAUAGUCCUGAUUUUGUCCCCUCUGUGUUUACAUGCACUAAACCGAGCCCCAAGAAAAAGGCGAAAAGAUUUUAUGGUCACAGAAGAAGGCGCCGCCAUAAAGCCAAUGCAGAAAAAAAAGAAAAAACAACUCCACCUAGAGUUGAUUCUGCUGUGGAUGUCCAGUCACCUGUGUCGAUGGAAACUGAAAGUGAACUCUCAGAAGAAAUACAGACACCAUCAACCCCUUCAGUGCCAAAGGAAGGGGAAACAUUGACUGAAAAGGCUGAGGCUGAAAGUGGAACCAAAGCAAUCCAAUCACAAACCACAGCCAGCCCAAACAAGACAUCACAAUCAUUUAAAGUACCAGUAGGAAUCUCAAGACUAGACAAAAUGAAUCCCGUCGUGCUCCUAAAACCUCUAGUUGUACCAGCCGGUGGGUAUCGGUGUGAACUGUGCAAUCAGAACUUCACCAGUGUAUCUCAACUUGUGAAACACAAACAGCUGCAUGAAGAAGGAAGGUCCUUUAUCUGUGAAAUCUGUGGAAAGCGCUUCACGAGUCAGGCAGAUUUCAACGAGCACCAGCAUGACCACACUGAUGAGCCCUCCUUUCCUUGCAACAUGUGUGAUCGAUCUUUCACUACAAAUCAUAACCUCAAGCGUCACAAACUGCUGCAUGUCAGAGACGGCAGGAAGUGCGGCAGGUGUGGCGUACUGUUCUGUCGACGUCACAACCACUUUUUAUUCCUGCCACAGCCCGAGUCUGUAACCGAGUCUGAACAGGAUUCCUCCCUCAAUGAGCUGAAAAGUGCAGGCAGUAAUUUGAUGCCAGAAAAAGGUCUGCGGAAGAAUGCUGAGCCAAGCCAGACUGAUGACCUGGAUGACAAUGCUCAGAGCACCAUGACUUUAAAACCUAUUCUGACCACUACACCUACACCCCAAAACCGCGGACCUUUAUCCAAGACCCAUAAGGCCCCACCUCCAGCCUCACACAAAAGAAUCCCUGUACCGGUGUUGCCAAUACCUUCCUCUGUGCCGUGUUCAGCCCCAUCAGUACCCAGUUGCUCGAGAAACCCAGAUACCUCAUCUCAGCUUAGGCCACCCCUGCCUGACUACCCUGCAACCUUCAUUCAGCCCCAUCUCUCCCAGCAUCCAGAACUCCCAUCCUCACUUAAGAUCUUUUCACCCCAGUUCCUCACCUCAGCAUUACUUGAGGUUGAAAGAAAUUAUGAAUAUAUUUUAAGCAAACCAAGAGAUGUUCAGAAGGAUAUUGUGAAGGAGGAAGAAUGCGAGUUGCCACUGAGUUCUCCAGAUGAGCAAAGCGUUGAGCAAGUCAAAAAGCAAAGAACUGCGUAUGACCUGGAGAUUGUAGUUUGAUCUAAAUCCAGUUGGGGAAAUUUUUUCACUUUUAAAGGCAGGCGUUAAAUCUGUCCUGUACUUUGUUUAACUACAAUUUAACCAUAUUGUCAGACUGGCCCAUUUGGCUCAGUCGUAAUGUUUCACAUUCCACUACUACUUAUGCCAAGACUUGUGCUUUGCGUCGUAAAGCUAUUAAGACAUUCUGUCAAGCACAUUGAUGUGUUUGGUAGAUACUAAAACUAAAGUGAAUCCUAAUCUGGGCUAAUUUGGAAGGACGUAUUGUUGUGAUAUGGUUUUGCCACCUGUAUGGCAUGAGUUGCUCAUGUUAUGUUUAGUGUAUAUGUGAAUGGACUCCACACUUCUCUUCAAUACUUCUUUUCUUUGGCCGUUAGCCCUAACCUGGUUCAGAACAGUGAUAUAUUUUAAUGUAAGUGACUGAACUUGUCAUGCUGCUAUGUUUUAUUCAGUGAGAGCUCUAUAGUUGUGAAUCUGUCACUUUUUUAAUCACCGAUUAGGUGAAAUUUGUUUAACCACUACAGUUUGGUAAAUGAUGCUGUUCCGUAUGUAGGAUGUAACUGACCUGGACUGUAAAACUGUUCACAUGGUGGCAUUAAUGCUGCAGGCUAUAAUCUGUACUUGUGGAGUUUGUGGAGCAAUAAUCAGUUUAGUCUGUGAGGAAAUCCACUGUGCUAUAAAGAGGACUGAUAUGAAGUCAUUUUUCAGCAUCGUACCCAAUAGUAAUUGUCACUGGAAUAAGUUUUCCCAUCUAUACCACCGGGAAGCGCAUUGUUUUUUUAAUCAUAGAAAUAUAUUUGCACAGACUGUGCAUGUACAGAAAUAUAGCAAUGCCAGUAUUUGGGACACACAAGCUUUACAUUUGUGAGUGUGAAUGAAAAUCUGUAUGUGGAAGAAGGGGUGCCAUACUGAGAGAUGAAACUACCAUUCAGAGAGACUUGUUUUUUCCCAAACAGCAAGCACCUAACCUGCGGAACAAUGAGCAAGACCCUAGUUCCCUACCUGCUGCAGGGCUUCUGUUUUGCAGCUGAGACCGACCUCCGAGACUCUGUGAAGGGAGACAAGUCAAACAUAGCGUACUAUAUUCACAAUACUCUGCACAUUUUUAAAUACAACACACUCGCUGACUCUGACCUUAGAGGUUUAAAAACAGUUGUUAACUGAUAAACUUUCUGGUAUGUUUGUAGUGUAAAUUUUUAAGCAACUUCAUAUAAAUUAAGAUUAGAUGAAAUCCAUUAAUCCCACGGGGGAAAAUUUGCAGUUUCAGUCACUACAGACAAUGAAUUGAAUGAAUUUUAUUACCAUAAGUAUUUCCAAAAUAUUUUCUUUCCCUCUUUCCAUGACCACCGUUAUAUCAUUGGGGCCUCACAAAGCCUACAUUGAAGCUAUCCUUUUUAAGUAGUUGAAAUCGCAAAUGAUGUGUUGCUGGCCGUUCUUCAUCUGGUAAAUAGAUUCGCUAAAGUAGAUGCACUGGAGUUGAGGCAACCUAAAACUGACCUAUUACUAAGUCCUUGCCUUUGCAGAUGCAACUCAUUGUGUCCAUAUCAGGCUGAUGUUCAGUUGCACAAAGGAAAAACGAUGGAAGAGAUGAACUGUGCAAUGUGUCUAAACUGAAAUAUAGUCUGUACAUGUCUGUAUACAGAAAUAAA